UAUUUCAGAAAAAUUAGUGGCUUCUUUCUGCUCUAUAGGUAAUUAUAGUUGUCACUUUUUUUUAGUAGAGAUACUGACUAGUAUUCUGAAUUUUAUUAUUUUCUUCAACGACUAUUAAUAAGAUAAAUUUGGGCGGAGUAAGUUAUAUAUUGUGAAUUUGUCUGUGGACUUGUUAGGAUAUCCUUUAAAGUAUUAUGGCCGAGAUUGAUUUAACAGAGAAGUUUUGUGAUUGAGAUCUGAAAGUUUUCCCACCAGCUGAUCCUUCCCCUAAAAUGCUAAUCUUUUUACAUUGUUAAGUUAUUUUCCAGUGUUUUGAGAUGUACAGUUUGUGGUUUACUCUGGUCUGCUUCUAUCUGGUACAUCAGCAUUCUUUAUCUUCAAGCUGUAAGUUUGAUGCAAGACUACUACUGUGUGCUUCUGGCAGGAGUUACAAAGAAUUGAUGACCAAGUGCAACACCCUUGGGAGGGGGGAGGCUCGUUCUCUUAGUAAGCUUGAGAAGGCCAUAGAGAAGAUAGAUAAGCUCAAGGCAAGGGUCCAAGAGCUUGAGAUGGCUGUUGAAGCAAGAGACAAUGAAAAUUUGAGAACUUUGAGAGCUUCCAAGAAUUUUGAAGUUGAAUCUGGAAUAGGUGUUAGUAAAGAACUGAAAUCUGUCAAAUGCUCAUACGAGAAUCAGAAAAAGGAACUUGCCGAUACAGUAGUGCAUUUGCAUCAGGUCACUGGCUAUGGUCAUGAUUCUCGUCGAGGGGAAAAACGGAAGGUUAUGUGUAGUGAUGUGAGUGAAAAAGAUACAACAGAUUGUAUCAUAGCUAGUUGUCUUGACCAAGAUAAUCGGAAGAAAAACCCUUUCCAGGAAAAUAAGGAUGGUGGCAUUUUGGAGACUUCCAGUUAUAUGCAUCAAGUAUCAAAUCGAAAACUUAAUCCACUAGUUGACCAUAAGAAGGCAGUCCACGAGAACAUUUUAUCAAGAUUGAAGGUAAGUUCGGGGAUUGCAGAUGCAACUCAAGUAAAGGCAUCAGAUAACAAGGAUGAACUCUCAGGCUUAAAGAAUUGUGGCAAGAACAGUACAGUAAACAUGCCACCUGUAACUAUUCUUGAUGACGAUGAUCUUCUCCCUCUAGAUGACUUUACUCACCGUGAGCCCUCCUUUCACAUCAGAAAAGGAACUUCAGCUCCAACUUCACUGGCCGAACUAGGAGACCAUUGCUUCUCUGGUGGAUUAUUAGGCCCUGAUGGAACAAACAGGCACUUGGGAAAAUGGUGUAAGAAGGUGCAGAACAAGGGAUCUGCAGGGUUGCAAGGAUCAGGUGCAGGUUCAGGUGAUUUGAUUUCUGUGGGAGCUGAUGGCAGAGGUGGUAGGAUUAAAGUUCUCCGAUCUAUAAAUCAGGCCUCUCUGGACAAGGAGAGUACAGUAUCAAUAAAGAGAUGCAAGUCCGGCACGAAAACAGGUAGUUCACAGUCUCAAGGAUGCUUGCAAAUAGAACAUUUCUUCAGAAGGGCUGGUCAAUAGCACAUGUAGAACUCUGCGUAUUCAUUCAUAGGGUAAAAAUGAUCAGCAGCCAUUCAGUUUUCAGUUUUUAGAUUUGUUGUGUUAGCUAGAUCUGUUUUUACUAUUUUUGACUGAAAAAUACAGAAACAAAGAGAUCAAUGUGUUGAGCUAAAUUAAGUACAUAUUUUGUAGUUUACAUCAAUAUUCAUUCAGGCAU